AAACUCUUUGAUUCUAAAACACGAGAAGAGUGGCACUAGACUUUAUUUUAAUGCAUUUGAUGCGCUGCCUGGCUGGAAACGGAAAGCUUUUCCCUCAGUGGAAGUGCGAGUGCCAGCAGCUGCAAAGUGGAAGUUUAGAAGCAAACCUUCCCAGCAAGUAAUACUAGAUUAUGACUAUACUUUCACAGCGCCUUAUCAUGAAAGUGGAACUAUUGAGAUUGAUGAAGAUAAGGCAUGUGCUCGCUCCUUUUUCUUCGGGCACCUAGCGCUGCUGUUAGAAGAAGUACCGAGAAUAGUUGACAUUUGUGUUGAUGAUUUCAAACCUGUUGAGUUAUAAUGAUAGGAUGCAAGUGCUACUGAAGAACAAUGCAAUCUCAAAUGGGAAGAAUGCGAGGAGAAAAUUGAUGUAGUUGCAUUGGCAUCCAAAGAACCUGUACUAGUUUAAUGAUGAGAAAGGACACCCUAUUGAUUCUGCUGCCUAUAGUGAUCCUAGCAUAAUCAACCUGAAGCUUGCCGUGAUCAUGCAUAUGUUGAAUUCCAUGGCUUCUAAUGUCAUUGGAGCAGUCCAAAUAUUGCAAAUGAAACAGAGUAAGCUGAGGAAAUCGAAGAGAAGGCGAGGAAGAAGCUAGAACUUCUCUCUAGAAGGUUAGAGGUUGGAACUUCUUACUCUUCAGUCAACAAUGCAACUAAAGACUAAUCGGCAUUGUCAUUUUAUUGCUGUAUAGAUAGGAAGUUUCAUUUUCACAAAACAUGUGGCACGUCAAAGAGUUCGAUCCCGCUUCGUUCAUUUGCAAUACGUUAAUGAAGAUCCUUGAUGUCAAAGUCUGCGCUCCUGAAUUUCCCAAACAUGCUUUCACAGUUCCAACGUGAUCUAGUCCAAAAAUUUCGAUUUCAUUUCUCUGCUGUUCGGCUUCUUCACUCCCACUCUUCCAAUCUAGAAUCCCCAAGCUUUGCAAACAUCUUUGCCCUCCUGCAGGGCCCCAUUUCACGAUUUCAUCUUCUUCAAGUUCAUGCUCGCAUUUAUCAACUAGGAGCCCAUCAAAACGAUUGGAUCGCCACGCGUCUUAUUGGUUGUUAUGCAUCUCGUGUAUCUCUCCAGAUUUUCCAUCAACUGCAGAAUCCUAACAUCUUCCCUUUCAAUGCCACUAUUAGAGUCCUUGCUGAUGAGGGUCAAUUUUCGCACACAUUCUCAGUGUUCAAGAAUCUGAAACAACGAUCUCUUUCACCUAAUGAUUUAACCUUUUCAUUCCUCCUCAAGGCAUGUAUUUCGUCCAAAGAUGGCCGUGUUGUUGAACAAGUUCAUUCUCAAAUUCAGAAGAUGGGUUUCCUUAAUAAUUCAUUCGUUGGCAAUGGGUUGGUCUCAGUCUACGCCAAAGGGCUUUAUGAUUUGAGAUCUGCACUGAAAGUGUUUGAUGAAAUUCCUGACAGAACCGUGGUUAGCUGUUGGACUUCGUUGAUCAAAGGUUAUGCCCAGUCGGGUAAGAGUGAAGAAGUUUUGAAUCUUUUCCAGGUGAUGAUUCAGCAAAAUAUACAUCCAGAAAAUGAUACUAUGGUCAGUGUUUUAUCAGCAUGUUCUAACCUCGAGAUACCAAGUAUUCAGAAAUGGGUUGCUAUUCUUUUGGAACUUGUUGAUAACGCUGACCCUGAAGAAAUUUUCAGUGACUCCAUUAAUACAAUUCUCAUAUAUUUGCAUGGUAAGUGGGGAAUGAUUGAGACAAGCAGAGAAAGAUUUGACCAGACUUCUUCUAUAGGUAAAAGAAGUGUGCUUCCUUGGAAUGCUAUGAUGAAUGCGUAUGUUCAGAACGGUUUGCCUUUGGAGGGUUUAACUCUUUUCCGCAUGAUGGUGGAAGAUCAAAUAACUGAACCCAACCAUGUCACCAUGGUUAGCGUGCUUUCAGCCUGUGCUCAGAUUGGUGAUUUGGAUCUUGGUGUGUGGGUUCAUGAGUACAUGAUGUCUAAAGGACGAAAGGGUAUCAUUGGAACAAACCGAAUUCUUGCUACAGCAUUACUUGAUAUGUAUUCUAAAUGUGGGAGUUUAGAUAGGGCGAAGGAAGUUUUUGAGCAUGCAGAAUCCAAAGACGUUGUCUUGUUCAAUGCUAUGAUCAUGGGGCUUGCAGUGAAUAGUGAAGGAGAGAAUGCAUUGAGGCUCUUCCACAAAAUGCCUGAAUUUGGCAUAAAACCUAAUGCUGGAACAUUUCUGGGGGUCUUGUGUGCAUGCAGCCACUCUGGAUUGUUGGAGAGAGGACGUCAAAUAUUCAGGGACAUGAAGAUGACAUUUAAGAUUUCCCCUAACUCAGAACAUUAUGCUUCUUAUAUUGAUCUCCUUGCAAGAGGGAACAUGCUAGAAGAAGCUUUGGAAGUUGUGACGUCCAUGCCUUUCAAGCCUAACAAUUUUGUUUGGGGUGCACUGCUUGGAGGUUGCUUGCUCCAUUCCAGAGCUGAAUUGGCCCAAGAGGUUUCUAUGAAGCUUGUUGAAGCUGACCCAAGUAAUUCUGCUGGCUAUGUAAUGCUGGCUAAUGCAUUUGCCUCUAAUCACCAUUGGGGUGAUGUAUCCGCACUAAGGAUGGAAAUGAGAGAGAAAGAGAUAAAGAAGCAACCAGGAUAUAGUUGGAUUAGCUUGGAUGGAGUUGUUCAUGAGUUUCUUGUUGGUUGUUUGUCACAUCCUCAAAUUGAGGGCAUAUAUAAUACACUGGCUAUCUUGGUGAAGCAUCUGAAAGUACCAAACCUGUCUGUCAGUAGAAAUGCUUUGAUUAGUGAUUACUAGUAGAUGGCAUCUGAGAAAUGUUUUCUCUGACUUUUCUUUCUCCUUUUUUGGGGUUAUAGAUGCAGCACAAAAUCUUGAAAAUAGAUAGUUUUAAGAAAAGGAGGAGUGGGUUUAAAAUUGAACAUUGGUAUCACACUCUCCUCGGUCUUUAAGAUUGAGGCUAUCAUCAUCUGAGAUGUUCAUCUUUGCCAAAGCUCGCAGAUUAUCAGGUGAGUAGCUAUUGUUUUAAUGGUUUUCCUUUGCGGACAGACAAUCUCACAAGUAUGAAUCUAGUAGCUGGCCAAAAUUUUUCCAAUUGACA